GUGCGGUAGAAGUGUCGUGCGAGACCUCGACCGAAAGUGGGUCAAGGGGCGUGCGCUAGGCAGAACUUCGGCCUCGUUCACUCUCUCCAGCUUGGGUGGAAAUCGUGGGGAAAUCACGGGGGAGGCAUCUAACCCCAGAAUAAGUGUCACCAGUGGCGUGGCACACCAAUUGAUGGCAUGGUACGGCCGGGCAAGGUUUACCGGUUGUUCACAGCCAGAACGGCAAUUGCACCUAUGCGACGACUUUACCUAGGAUGUAUUUAUUGCCAGCGCUGACCCAGUGGAGUCCUUACAUCUUCCCAAAUACCUAUCUGCCUUAAACGUUCUUGCUUCCGAUCAUCAACAAUGUCGGAAGACAAGCGAAUCUCAACUGAGAUGACUGAGAAGACAGACCCAACUGUAAGUGACGAUGUGCCACCCGUGUCAGCUUUCGCUACAUGGACUAGAGCACAGUGCGUCCGAAAGUUCUGGCGACUGUAUGGCAGCGGUCUGGGUGUAUCUGUGGCAGGAUUAUACGCUGGAUAUGCAAACUCGGUCAUUGGUAGCAUUGUGGCCAACCAGGGAUUUAUCAAUCAGUACGGUACCGUGAGAGACCCACAAACUGGCAAACUUGCAUUGAACGCAACUCACAUCUCCCUCUGGGGUGCCCUGUAUUUCGUCACUGCGAUUUGUAUCCAGACGGUUGCGCCAUAUACUGCUGAUCGGUUCGGCCGGAAAUUUAACAUGUGGGGUAUCACGUUCUUCAUCACACUGUCUGUCCUCCUUCAAUGCUUCUCCAAGACAUGGUGGGAGAUCUUAAUCGCGCGCUUGAUUGCUGGAUGCGCCGGUGGUCUCAUGGGUACAUCAUGCAUGGUAUACAUGUCAGAAAUUGCCAUGCCUCAGUUUCGUGGCGCAUUGCUAGCCGCUUUUUCGAUGGCUUUCGCACUAGGCCAAGUUUUUCUCGCCGUGGGCCUAAAGGUUCUUGAGGAGACAGAGCCAUUGGCCUUCCGACACAUGUUCUACUCCGAAUUCAUCUUCACAGCAUUGUGGCUCAUCCCUUUGCUUUGGGUGCCAGAAAGUCCAGUAUGGUAUUGCACAAAGGGUCGACACGAGGAGGCCAAAACAGCCCUUCAUCGUCUCGUUGGCAACGUCGAAGGCUACGACCUUGAUCACGAAUACUCUGUCGUACAGUAUGAGACUCGUAGGUCCAAGGAGCUUGCUGAGGCUGCUGGCACAUCCGACUGGAAAGCGAUGCGAUCAAAAGUCAACCUUGUCCGAUGCAUCGUUGCCACACUCCCAUUCACGUUCCAGAAUGUGUGCGGUGUGCCGCUGAUGUUUGGAUACACGGUUUACUUCUUUCAGUUGGCUGGGGUCAAAGACCCCUUCCUGGGUAACCUUAUAAAGCAGCUAGUCCUCGUCGUCGGCAUAUUGACUUCAUUCUACACCGUGGACAAGGUUGGCCGCAGAGCACUCUUGCUGGGCGGUGGGCUGGCCAUGUGUGUCAUCAACACCAUCGUCGGGGGUCUUGGCUUCAUGAAGCAGAAUAACGCAUCGGGCAUUGCGCUUGUCUUCCUUUGUUCUUUGUGGGCUUUCGUAUACGCAAACUCUCUAGCACCCAUAGGUUGGAUCAGCCUCGUCGAAACAUCAAGUCCAAGGCUUCGAGCGAAGACAGCAUCUGUUGCCGUCACCGUACAGUACCUCACGGGUAUACUUUUCAACUACACAGUACCUUUGAUGCUUUCAAAUCAGAACGCUGGCUGGGGCCAGAAAACUGGUUUAUUCUUCGCAGGUACAACAGCAGCAUACCUCAUUCCAUGCUUCUUGCUGUUUCCGGAGACAAAAGGUCGGACCUACAGUGAACUCGAUGAGCUAUUCGAGCGUGGCGUGCCAGCCUGGAAGUUUGCUACCACGAAUACAGCGCACAGUAUCGAAGUGGAGCAUCGAGAAGAAAGCAAGAAGUAGUCAACGUGCACUGUACACCAGCAAAAUCGCCGGUUAGGGUUAUCACGGCAAUGAAUGGCCAAAUCUCUGAAUAGGUCAUACCAUGAAGCGCACAGGGUUUUUGAAAAACCUCCUAUGUUGAUUUUCGUGUUCUUGAUACCUACUGAGGUAUCCAUGUUUGGAAUGUUUUGACGGAGUAGAUAUAAAAGUGUG